AAAUCAGCCAAUAUUGUUAUGUUAUUGUUAUUUUUAGUUAGGUUAUGUUUACGUUAAAGAAUUUGUAUUUCUUUUUAAUUCGGUUAUUCAUUUAUAUUUACUGCCAAUAUGUCGAAGACACCAACAAAAGUGGAUUCAAGUUACAACUUCAUACCAAGAGAAAUAACGACGCCUAAUAAAGAUCAGCAAGGAGUUUCUAAGACGGUGUACUCCCAUGUCUCAAAGCUGCAUGGACUUCUUAACGACUGGGGUAAAAUGCGAGACAAAGGUGUGAGGUUGUGCAGAGCCGUAUCUGCCUUGAAGUUACACGAGUGUGACGAUGACUAUUUUCCGAGCCAGUUGAAGCCGCUGAUGGACGGUCUGUUGGACGCUUUGGACGGUUUGAAGACAAUUGUUGACGGUAUCAAGGUUUUGAAUAACCAACUGCAGGCAUUAGCCAAACUUCAACCUACUGAUGAGCCGGUAAUAUCUACAUGGUCUGUCAGUAAAAUUUCACAAACAGUAACAAAUAUUUAUACAUCUCUAGAAAAGGAAUACAGGCUUAAAAAGAUUAUUACAGAAAACGUAGCGCAUAGCAGAGACGAGAAUUUAAUAGAAGUGUACAUUAGUGCCUGGGAAUUCGAAGCUUACUUCAAUAUUGAAGCUAAUGCAUAUCUAUUUGCAGAAGUUGGUUUAGCUGCUGUUACAUAAGUUAAAUGUAAAAAUUAAUAAAGUUUUGUUUUAUGUUUAUAUGUUA